GAAUUUGUUAAUGCAUUUGUCUGUAAUGAUAAUAACAGUUUUCACUUUUUCUUCCUCAUUUUCAAAUGUUUUCACUCUCUCUCACUCUAUUAUCCUUACACCUCAACUAAACCCUUUCAUUCUUCUUCUUCGUCUUCUUCAAUGUCUUCCAUUAACUUCAACCCUUUCAGUGGAAACUGGUUCCCAUUCUCAAAACCACCAAACCCUCUCCCUCUUCCUCCUCUCAACGCCCUCUUCAAUCUCUCCCAAUCUCCCUCCAAUUUCGCUUCCACAUCUCUCUCUACCACCAACACCAACACCAACACCACCACAACCACCGCCGUCACCGAUGAAGACUACGAGCCCUUUCCAUUCACCAAAAUUGUUCAACAAUAUUUCUGGGAAUGCGAGAAUCUCCCCGACCACAGGCACACACCACAGGUAGAAAAAGUCCUCAACGAAAACCAAGAGUUUGAAUCAAACCCUAACGCGACUGAACAAGAAAUGAACGAGAAUGAAGAGUUUAUGGAAACAAUGAGGAACAAUCCGGUUAUAGAGUUUCUGAUGAGAGCUGAGUUUGUGGCGGAUAAGAUGCAUGAGAUUGAGUUGAAGAAGAAUGAGAAACCGUUUAAGAGAGAAGAUAGAGAUGUUUGGAAGAAGGUGCCGAAUGUUAUUGGGCUUGAUGGAAGGCCGAUGCCGAGGAAAUCUCAGACGAGGUUCACGGCGAAGGCUAAGUUUUGGGAUUUUGCUAGACAGUUUUAUCUUGGGAUUUGGGGGUUUUGGCAAAGGCCUUAUCCUUCUGGGAAACCUAUUGAUGCUGCUCAAGCUAUUGGAUAUAAGAAGCUUGAGAGACGAUACUAUGAUUUUAUCAUGAGGAGUGGUGUAUGGUUCUAUAAGGAUCGGCUGGGUCGGACACGAGGGCCGUUGGCAUUGCAAACACUUAGAACUGCUUGGGGUGGCGGGGUUAUUGAUAAAAACACUUUCAUUUGGGGUGAGGAUAUGGAUGAAUGGGCGCCCAUCCAUAUGAUUUAUGGAAUGGAGCGUGCAAUCGCAACUUGGGAUGCUCGACUUACAGCUUCAGCAACAGCUUUCUUUCACAAACUACAAAAUGGUAUACCACCAUGGGUUCCUCUUAAGGGAUUUGAAAAGAAGUCUUAUAAGCAGCUUCAAGAAGAGGCGAUAGAAAGCAAGAGGCGUGAUUUAGCAGUGAUGGAAGCUAAUGACGGCAUUUGGCCUGGAGUUAGAAUUCCAAGUCAUGCCCUGUUUCUUUGGGCUAGUGGCCCUGAACUGACCCCUACUUUAGAACAGGAUCACAUGCCCAACAAGUCCAUUCCUAAAGAUCUAAGGCAACAGUUGGCAAAAAUGAUUCCAGGAUUGAGACCAUGGGAAGUUCUGAGCAUAGAACAAGCAAUGGAUCGCAUAGCGUUCAAUGGUAAAUGGCACCGUGUACCACUUGGUUCGUACAACACUGGUCCGCCAUUCCUCAGACGAUGGAAUGAGGACGUGAUGAGGUAUUAUGCAGCGGCUAAAGGCAUCAGCAGUCUAGCGUAUGAAGCAUUGAUGGCGGACUUUCCUGGCUUUGAGAAAAUUAGCAAAAAAAUGAUGCAGGAUUUUGAAACAAGAAUUGUGGAAAUGAAGAAGAAGAUGAAGAGAGAGGCCCGCCUUAAAAGGAAGUUGGUUAAGGAGGAAUGGCCUAAAUAUUAGAAUUCCCAUAGUGCCAUUUCUUAUGCAAUUUAUGCAACUUCAUUGUGCUUAGUAGUUCAGCUUUUUUAAAUUUAUUCACUUUGAACUGACCAAUGUAAAAUAAUUUCCAAAGACAAUGUAUUUGCCUAUUUAUUGGGCUAAAACGAUGAAAAUGUAAACAAACUAGAACGGACAGUUGUGAGGGUCAGGUUCUUUUCCUACGAACCGAUGCUACGAUACUCUAUUGAGUCUCGUUCGAUCUUGGUUAUUA